AUGCGGCUGACAGAGUGUCAAGAAAGCGGACCGGACAGGAAUUUUCUUUGGGGAAAGCAAGGCGCGGGUAGAGGCAGGCAAAGGGACUCAGGCCGCCAUGGCACAGGGAUGGUGAGGCGAGAAACGACGGACCCACGACGGGAGCACUUCGCCGGGAUUUGCACCGUUGUGCAUCGAUUGCACGAAAGCAAUUCCAAAGACCUGACGACAAUAUGCUUUGCUUGUGAAGGAGACCUUGCUGCGACGUAUCGGAUCUCUGCGAUCCAUCACUCCGCGGAAAGUAGCGCAACAGACGCUGCCGAAUCCUCCUCAGCGCUUCAUCGAUUGAUUCGCUCCGGGGCGGACUCCGCUGGUGCAGACUGGCGAGACUACCAAGGUUCAAGCAUCAAGGAGGCCGACAGCCGCCCGUUAAGCGAACCAUACAGCGGACCUAUGGUUCGCAUACAUGCAGCCGUAUCACCCUCUGGUAGCCCAUUGCAACAUGGCUGUGCUGUCCCUGGCGUGGUGGCGAUAACAGAAAUUUCAGGAGCAGCGCCCAUUUCAUCCGUGGCAAGUACACAUCACCUUGCUGAAGCCGUCUUGUAA